UCUCCGAGCCUCUCAGAAACCAAAAUGGCGGCUCUCGGACGCGUCUCUCAAGUGUUAUUGCGGUCUUAUUUGACCCAGACCCGGCGUCAGCUUUCGGCUGCUGUCGCUGGCGGACACGGCGAGCAAUCAGCCAAGACAUGGAAGAUCCUCUCUUUUGUGGUCGCCCUGCCUGGUGUUGCGGUGUGCAUGUUGAACAUGUACCUUAAAGAGCAGCAGCAUACCCAUGAACAGCCAGAGUUUAUCCCUUACUCCCACCUUCGCAUUCGCAGCAAGCGUUUUCCUUGGGGAGAUGGUAACAAAUCCCUUUUCCACAAUCCACAUUUGAAUGCUCUUCCUAACGGCUAUGAGGGCCACGAUGACUAAAAACCUUCCUCCAGACCUCAUAACGGCACGGGGACCAGUCCUCCCUCACAAUUGUUACCGGACCACACCCUAUUUACAGUUUACUCUUCUUUUUUGUUGUGUUUACCUCUGUGCUCCAAACAUGGGGCACCCGAACCAACAGUUCCAUUACUCUGGACCAUUAAGCAAAAUGUUAGACUGAUCCUGAAUUAACAUAAAUAAAGUAACUAUUAUUACCUCA